AUGACACAGCUGCGAACUUUCUUGAUUCGCAACGGGUUGUCGAUUCUUUUCAAAGAAGGUCCAAUUGCCUAUAAAACCUACUACCUCAGGCAAAUGAAGAUAUGGAAUACAUCACCAGGAAAGCAGAGACAACUCAGUAAGAUGUUGGAUGAAUGGGCAGUGUACAUAAGAAGGAAAUACGGGAACAAACAUUUGUCAUCAUCAAUCUACUUGAGUGAAGUUGAGCCUUUUCUUGAACAAUAUGCCUCUAAUGAAGAAGUAUGGAGCCAGAUCUUGGGGUGGCAUAUCCAUCUUACAAUACAAAACAAAACCACAAUAGAGGUAAAAUUGUGCAGAAGCAUUUCUUAUGCUGUAGUUGCUGCUCAUGCAGAUCAGACUAGUAGGAGGAAAUUAGCACCUUUCCAGGUUCCUUUGUUACUAGGCAUUGGGGAAGAAGAUACAGCCCCGACUAAGGCAACUGAAAGUGGCGAUACUGAUCUUGUUUAUCUUGUUCUCUUUCAUAUAUGGCAGAAGAGACUAGCAUUGGAAUUAUUUGGAAUGAUACAAGCUAGACCUAUUGCGCACGAUCUAUUCAUACGAGACUCAAGAUAUCAUAUUUUGGCAUGGCUAAAAGCUUUGGAGGAAACGAGACUCAAGAAAAAGUAA